AAAGUCCCCGACAGGAGAGAGGAGACGAGGAAUUUCAGAAGAACAUUAAACCCCCAAAAGAAAAACCUCCCGCAAAAUCCCUAGCGCCCGGAGUCGAUUAAAGAAGAUGAGCGUAAUUGAUUUGAUCACUAGGGUCGAUGCCAUCUGCAAGAAGUACGACAAGUACGACGUCGAUAAGCAGAGAGAAGCUAAUGUCUCCGGCGACGACGCUUUCGCCCGCCUCUUCGCCGCCGUCGAUUCCACUCUGGAGACCGUUCUUCAGAAAGCGGAGGACGCGUCGUCGGCGACCAAUAGGGCGAAAGCUGUGGCCAUGAACGCGGAGAUUCGGAGGACUAAAGCUCGUUUGCUCGAAGAAAUCCCCAAGCUUCAGAGGCUCUCUCUAAAAAAGGUCAGGGGGCUUUCGAAAGAAGAGCUUGAGGCUCGAAAUGACUUGGUUCUGUCUUUAAGAGAGAGGAUUGACGCUAUACCAGAUGGCUCAGAGGCCGUGACUAAGGAGACUGGUGGCUGGACAUCUUCAACAUCAUACUCGACUGUCAGAUUGGAGACAAGCUCCUCAGAUGGAAGAUAUGGUAGUGAAUAUUUCCAGCAAACUGAAGAGUCUGAACAAUUCAGGCAAGAAUAUGAGAUGAGAAGGAUAAAACAGGAUCAAGGACUGGAUGCCAUAGCUGAAGGGUUGGAAACUCUGAAGGAUAUGGCUCGUGACUUUGAUGAGGAACUGGAUAGACAAGCACCACUUAUGGAUGAAAUAGAUACAAAGAUUGACAAGGCAACUACUGACUUGAAAGGCACCAAUGUGAGGCUCAAGGACACUGUAACCAAGCUGAGAUCCAGCCGCAACUUCUGCCUAGACAUCAUCCUCUUGUGUAUAAUCCUAGGAAUUGCUGCCUUCCUAUACAACGCCCUGAAGCGAUGAGAGCUGAUGAUGCCGAGGGAAUGGGCCUGGAAUAAGCCCAUAUAACUAGAAGACCUACACAUAAUGGGCUUCUUGGCCCAACUAUAACUUUGACUUGAUUUUUUUUCUUUUUUGAAAAAAGAAGAUUUUUUGGAUUGGGCUUCACACUAAUAUCGUUGUUAUAAAUAUUAUUUAUUGUGAAUAAUAAAUAAAUCGGGUCAUUGUAGUCA